AUGUUGAGUAUUUUCACAAGAUGGACAUGCCAGGGGAAUGGAAGGCAUCCAAACUCAGUGCUCUUGCAACCAUUCAGAAAUCGCUUUGGAUCAACAAGGAAAGAAAAAUAUCGACGAAGAAUUAAUGACUUAAGAGCAAAAGUUGAGCAGUCAAAACGAAAGUUACCUUAUGAGGAAGAUUUAAUUCCGCUUCGUCCACCGAGAGACUUAUGGAAAGCAUUUGGUUUUACAGCUGGGGUUGGGGUUAUAUCAUUUGCUACUGCUGCUCUAUGUGAUUUUAAAAGAUACAAAAAUAAUUGGAGUGAAAUUUAUGCGCUAUUGAACGACCAGUGCAAAGCAGCAAAAAGUCGUUUUACCAAGUAUAAAAAUGCUCGAGAGGGUGUGAAAUGUACUUUCUUGCUCAUUGGGAUAAAUAUUGGCGUAAUGCUUAUGUGGAGUAUCAAGUCUUGGCAGCUAUUUAUGUGGAAAUGGUUUACAAAUAGUUUCGCUUCAAAAGCACUGUGUCUUCCGAUGGUUUUAAGUGCUUUUUCUCAUGCAAAUAUGCUUCACUUGGUACUGAACAUGUAUGUGUUGAACACAUUUGCUCCUGUUUCUAUUGAUGGGUUUCUAGGAGCUGAACAAUUCUGGGCUUUUUAUAUAACGGCUGCUGCAGUGUCAUCUUUAGCUGGAAUAAUGCAUAAAUGUUUGGUUAGAACGAAUCGAAGAGCUCUUGGAGCAAGUGGUGCGGUAAUGGCCUUAUUAGUAUACACAUGCAUGAAACUGCCGGAUGCAAGGCUGAAAAUUGUGUUUGUGCCGCAUUUUGACUUCUCGGCACAGUCAGCUGUAAUUGGGAUGAUUGCUUUUGAUUUUAUAUGCUUGCUGCUUCGUUUCAAAAUCUUCGAUCAUGCUGCACAUUUAGGAGGAUCACUUUUUGGAUUAUUUUAUGGUUCGUUUGGGGAGCGUUUUAUUUGGAAGCAGUAUGGUGAUACAGUAAUUGCACUAUGUGGUUUAAAUCCUAAUAAACGACGAGAUAUGCAGGGACCACAACGUAGUAGAAACUCAUCGCCUCCUCGAUGGUGA